AUGUACGACUACGAAGAUGACGAUGCCACUCCCAAGCUUCCACAGCCAGAUACAUAUGGUGACAUUCUUGAAGACCAAACCCCGAUAUUGGGCAAUAACCCGAUAUUCCACAGCGAGAGCACCGGCCACCUCGAUCUCAACUACCUUCCCCAGCAGAAUAUGAGCCUGAAGUUCAAGCGGUUAUCGACCACGCUUCAGACCUCAAAUAACAACUCAUCCAACGACUCUCAACGAUUUAUGAAUAAGUUCACCAAUAACGUCAGAACCAGUUACAACGAAGCCAGUGCUGCCCACAACAGAACCAGUGUAUACUACAACAAGAUCAACGAGACGUUGGCCAUCAGUGACAAUGAGUACGAUGGGGAAGACGAUAUGGACGACCAUAGAGAACUCGUGAGAGAGAAUUCGGUCAUUAGGCCCGACGAGUCGGACGUCAGCACCAUCAGCAACCGAUCGAGUCUCAUAAGUAACGAGAAUAACGACUUUUCGCAGACUUUGCCCGACAAUGAGUCGGUCUCUCAGGAUUCCAAUAACUUCUACUUCAACAAACAACCGCCUGUGCCAUUGAAGAUCAUCAGAAACCAAUCUAUUGCUAUCUACAAUGACGACGUUCCUGUCAGAGGUGACCUUGUAAAGCCAUACCAUUCUGAAGAACACUUAAACCUGACUCCUGGCUUGAACAUUACUUACACCGAAGAGCCCAAAUCCAGUUUCACAGAUGACAGUAAAACGGUGGGAACUGACACGAGCCAAACAAAAACUGACACUGAUGCCAGUGCAGAAGAUGAAGAUCUUUCUUCUCUUUUUGUCCGAGCUUUGCAUCCUUUUGACUCUUCGACUUUGCAAUCGAAGGCCGAUGCUUCUAUCUGCUUACCUUUCGAAAAGGACGAUAUGGCCGUGGUGCACACGAUUGACGAGUCCGGAUGGGGUGAGGUGACUUUAAUAGAAUCGUUGCAAAGAGGCUGGGUUCCAAUGAACUACUUUAAAUUUGCUAUUGACGAUGGAAAUGACGACUACGACGAUUCAGAUGAUGUGGACGAUGAGAUAGACGAGGGUAGAAUUCCAAAUAACCAUUUCCUCAAACCGUUAUUCAAUGCUUGUGGAAGGUUUUUGGUGAAUCCUCUUUCUCACAAGACUCGGAAGGGUAAAUAUACCUUUUCUAUACGAGUGGUUAACUCCAUUAGAGAUGGUGUCCGGGUCCUUUUACAAGAAACCGACUGUUUAUCCAGGUCUAACGAAAUUGUCACCAAGAGACCAAUCGUGAGAAAAGCUAGAAAGAUCUUAUUGGCUGAUUGGUAUAAUCUUAUGAAGAAGGCAAAUGACUUCAAAGGAACGUCUGAUUAUUAUAAGAUCGAGGUGUUAACUUUGAUGGUAUUCCAGGUCGUAAGAAGAGCCAUAGCAUUCUUGCAAUUGUGGUCCAUUGAAAGCAAACAAAUCAUCAAGAAGGAAAGUGAAAAAAAGUUGCAGAACGACAUGAACAGCUAUAAGCUAUUGGAUACUCCUCCUUUGGCCAAACAAAGAGUUACAGAAAUUAAUGGCGUCUUAUAUUCAUACUUGGGCAUGAUUGUUGGACGAUUGGACUUGAUUGAACAUAAUUCAGUGGGAUGUGAUCUUCUAGAGACUUUAACUCACCAAAUCAUCUUACUUUUAAGGGAAUUGUUGUUUAUAUCCAAAACUGGAUCGGACUUCUCUUCUGAAAAGCCUGCUGAUUUGGAUAACUCAUUGGACUCAUUGUUGUCUUUGGUGAGUGACUUGGUAACAGCAGUUAAAAGCUUAGUAGUGAAGACCUUGAAUGAAACAAUUGAUGAUCAAAGAUACCAUGUGGAAUCUAAGAAAUCCAACCUUUCAAAUACAGAAUACUUUUAUACCCACGAAGGGGGUGAGUUGAUCCAGAUCGCUUCUAAGAUGAUGAGGGCUAUUGGAGGCACUGUUUCAUCGAUUAGAAGAUUACUUGAGAUCACUGGAAACUUCAAGUUGAACGCUCAAAGAUCAUACCCAGACUAUGCUGAAAUGAGAAUCGAGCCGUCAGAGUUCAUUAGAAGAUGUAGUCUUGGUAUUGCCGAGUCUAAUACUAUUAGAAACCGUCAAUUGAGAACCAUGAAACCAACUGCCAGAAAUGCCAGUAACCGUUUCUCCAUGAUGAGAUUCGGUAAAACUGGUGAAUUGGGGAUAACUCCUGGUGGGGCUGGAUUGUUACAUGAUGUAUUGUUGACAGACAUCGAUGGCGAAUUCAGCAAAGAUAAGGAAUUCGCCAAGUUCACUCACACGGAGUCGACUGCUGACGACUUGAAGAUGGAAAAUGAGUUACUCGUCGAUGCGAGAGGUAAUUUGUUGGGAGCAUCUUUUAGAGGAUUAGUGUACACCUUGACUAAUGAAAACACCCCUCCUGAAUAUUUUUUUGUUUCCACGUUUUUCAUUUGUUUCAGAAGCUUUGCAUCAGGGCCAGAUUUGAUCGAGGAGUUGAUCUCCAGAUUUGACAUGUCUAACUCGUACGCCAAGGUACCGGGAGAUAAUAACAUCAACUUGGAGUUGAAGAUCAAGAACAGAAGAAGAUUAAUCUCGAAGAUGUUUCAAUUGUGGUUGGAGAGUUACUGGAACCACGAGUUGGACUAUUCACUAUUACCUACCUUGAUUAACUUCUUCAACGAAGGAAUCUCCCAGUUUUUGCCAUUGGACUCGAUGAAGUUGUUGGAAGUGGCCUCUCGGUUGUUUUCCAAACCUGUAACAGAAGAUCAAAAACAAGCGAAAAAACAAAGGCAAGGUAAGCAAUUAGUUACCAGGAGUAUCACGGCUACCCGGUUGAACAGAAAGAACUCUCUCACUGAAGCUACCAAUGAUAUCACUGCUAGGUAUUCGAUGGUGGAUGGCUACGAAUUGAGUAAAAUCAACACCAACUCUUCUACUUCCACGUCCCUCAAGUCGAUAAACUUGUCGUUACCAUUGGGUAUUGGCAAUCAGACAUCUUCUUCCAGCUCCUUGUUAACGAAGGCCAACAUCUCUACUAUUGAGAAGUUGAUUUUAACGUACAGAGCCAUUAUAGGGAACGGCUGGUGCCCCAACAACUAUAUCAACCCCAAGAUCUUUAUUCCCAUGGACAUUAAAACCCUUAUUCCAAACUGGUACGAGGCAUGUGACCAAAGCUGGGUGUUGUCCAAUUAUAGACCCAACUUAUUGGACUUUAAUGGGUUAGAGCUUGCUAAACAAUUGACAUUGAUUGAAUCAACUAUCUUUUGUUCCAUCAAACCAGAGGAGCUUCUUAAUGACAAUUACACUUCCAAAAGAGCUCAUUUGAAGUUGGCCCCACACGUAAGACAAUCGAUAUUGUUCACCAAUUGUCUUUCGGGUUACGUGAUUGAAUCGGUUUUGCAACCUAAGAUCAACCACAAAAUGAGAUUGAACAUUGUCAAGACAUGGUUGAAAGUGGCCAUUUCAUGUCUUUACUUGAGAAAUUUCAACUCAUUGGCAGCCAUUAUCACUUCCUUACAAUCACAUCUAAUCACCCGAAUUUCCAAAUUAUGGAGUGAUUUGUCCGACAAGUACAAGGAAUUACACGAAUAUUUAUCAGGCAUUAUUCAUCCAGAUAAAAAUUACAGAGUGUACAGAGCCAAAUUAAGAAACUUCUUGGUGGCCAAUGAGUACAAUAUUCCCACCGUUCCUUACUUUUCUCUUUUCUUGCAAGAUUUGACGUUUGUUACUGAUGGUAAUCCAAAAUUCAGACAAGCAAAUGACUUCUUGAACAAGAAAUUGAUCAAUAUUGACAAGUACUUGAAAACCGCAAGGAUCAUCGCCGAUAUCGAAAGUUUACAAAUCGGGUACGACAGGCCUACUCCCUCAGGAGAAGGUGAUGAUUACACCAUCAUCCCAGUGUCAUGCAUGCAAGAGCUCAUUCUUUUAGAAAUAUGGAAGGUAUGCCAAUUGAACAAGAAAGAGGAGGAUCGGGCCUGGAAGUUGAGUUGCGUGAUCCAGCCCCGUGAAAACAAUUGAAUACCAUUUAGCUAUGUAUACCACUAUGUAUACUAUGUAAUAACGAUUAUGUAUUAUAUCUUGAG